GCAUGCCGGGAGCGGUAGUCCCGUGAGGCGAGAAGGCAGCAUGGCGGCCGCACCGCCUCAGCAGCCGCUGACCCAGGCCCCAGCUCAGGGGGCGCCCCCCGCCGCCCCCGGGGCGCCUCCCGGGCAGCAACCGCCGGCCCAGGCCUCGGCAACCGCCGGCGCGCCUCAACUGCAGGCCGCGUCAGGGCUUCAAGUGGCCGCGCAGGCGCAGGACUUCGACCCGGUGCAGCGAUUCCGGCAGUUGCUGCCUCAGCUGAAGGAGAGCCUGCAGAACCUGAUGAAAGUUGCCGCUCAGAACUUCGUCCAGAACACAAACAUCGACAGCGGACAGAAAAGCACAGAGGGCCCAGUGCAGAGGGUGGACAAGACCCUGGAAGAGUUCUACGCCUUGUGCGACCAGCUGGAGCUGUGCUUGCGUCUGGCCUACGAGUGCCUCUCUCAAAGCUUUGACAGCGCCAAGCACUCCCCGACGCUCGUGCCGACGGCCACCAAGCCGGACGCGGUCCAGACGGAAAGCUUGCCCUACACCCAGUACCUCAGCAUGAUCAAGUCCCAGAUCUCCUGCGCCAAGGACAUCCACAACGCCCUCCUGGAAUGCUCCAACAAGAUCACGGGCAAGGUGCCCUCCCAGGGUGUCUUGUAGCCCACUGGCCUGUUCCAGGCCGGCUCCUCCUCAGAGUUUUGAACUGCAGGCCAGUUCCCCCGGUGGCCAGAAGGUGGCCCUCUCGCCCUCAUCCGCUCUGGCUAGCCUGUUCUUUCCCUCUCUCCUUGUCUCCCUUUUUCUCUCUUUCCCUCUGGUCUCCUGGACUUUGUUCUGCCUCCCCCGUUCAAAGGUCUUGCAUGCCAGUUUGGAUCCCAAAGGGACUUGUGUGCGUCUGGCUCAGCGGUCCUUGCGUGAACUGCAGCUCACCCCUUUCUCCCACAGCCGGUUGGUUCAUUUCCCUUCCACACACCCCUCCCUUAAAGAGCACAGCAUUUGAGGACCACCCCACAACCCGAGACAGAGAUCUCAGCUCGCGUCUGAAUCAAAAAGGGAGACUCCGGCCACCCUCUUUCCACAGUCCCCGAUCUGUAAUCUUUUCACAACCCUUGAAGCAGAAGGGGGCAGAAACCAGCCUGGUCCAGCUUCAAAAAUGUCUGCUCGGGGAGUGGGGAAUUGAUUUCAACCAGUAUCAUCUCUUAAUUUCGCUCCUUGGCUUCAUUUCUAGGGUGGGCGAGGGGGCACCAGGAUGGUAUGUGUUUCGAUUGUCAAAUGCUUUUCUGUUAGAGGGAAUUCCAGAGGCGUUUGCAGGUUUCCUGGCUUUGGAUCUUUUCGAUUGUCAAAUGCUUCUCUGUUAGAGGGGAUUCCAGAGGCGUUUGCAGGUUUCCUGGCUUUGGAUCUUUUUGAACCCCUGGGAAUAUUUAGUAGAAAUCAUCCUGAGGUUAACGAAACCUGCCCCGGCCUCUUUCUGACAGGCUUUCUCUCCAGAGAUUGCAGGAGACGCUUUGCCAGGAAACCAGAUAAAAGCACCUGCUCUAAAGAGCUCCAACUGAGUUGUUCUGCCAACGCUCCAAAAUGAGAAUCUGUCAGAGGGGGGAAGGGGCAGUUUGCGUAGCACGAUAGCAUCUUCUUUUCUCCUGCAAGGUAGUUUUUUUGUUUUGUUUUGAGUGCGGGUGUGUGUACUGCCUUUCCUGUCGGUUUCACUACCUGUUUUUGCGCGGGCCCCCGGACUGGAUUUCUGGCCCCGAAGAGAGGAAGGAAGUGUGUCACGGCCCGAAACGCUCUCUCGCAGCCGCUGCCGACUUCUUCGUUGCGACCGGAUUUGUUCCUUUCUGCUUUUUUUUAAUUUUAAAACACCUUCUGGUCUCUCGGGGCCACCAAGAAGUGAACUUUGUGGGUCUCGUGCAUAAAUUCAAGGGGGUGGGAAAGAGGGUGCCGCUUUGUUUUCCACCACCCCCCUUCCAAAUAAAUGCUUUUUUAAAAGGGGAAA